GCUUCCCCGUUUUGCUCCCAUCCGUUGAGCGCGUCAGACAAAGAUGGAGUCGCCAUUGAAACCGCAAAGGCUAUUUGCCUCCUACGCUGCAUCCUCAGAGCCAGUUUUGAAGCUCCCGCACCCUUACCAGACAGCCUAUGUCGUCAAAGGUGACAGCGGCAGCAAUUCCUUCCAAUUGCUCCCACUCGAAGCCAGCCCGGCGAGCAGACCGCUACCAGAACCCCUUCAUAAUGCCUCCGUCUACUUCAGCGAGCCUCAGCACCUCAAGUCGAGUGACAGGCCGAAGGACUCGAACAAUACGCCCUGGGGCAGGGCGCGACGGUUCCCCGCAGUGACGGUCAGCUGGAAGAGCGAGCAGGCCCCAACAAUCGGCCAGCUUUGGCUCAUAACAUACGCUGUCUUCACCGUACGCCCGAGCGAAGAAGCUUUCCGUGUAAAAACAUACGGCUUCGGCGCCGAUCAGUUAGCACAACGACUCAAGGCCGUCGGACUGGCCAUCGACCACCCAGCCCCUGCCCUCGGGGAUGCCCAGCCACCCAAAGAGCUACUCAUCUCGCGCAGCGCCUUCUGGCAGGGCGCCGGCUCUCCUUUCGGCGCGCGGCCGGCCUGGGUACCCGAGGAACAGGAUCCCGACAUGUCGGCAUAUCCGCUCCCUCCUCCGGAGUAUGUCAUGACCAACGAAGCCUCUACCGCGCUGUGCUGGCACCCGCGGCGGCGGGCGAAACCCGUUCCGGGAUCCGUCAUCUACAGCCGCUACAUCCCCCAUUUGCGGGAAACCUUUAGCAUGGUCGCGCUGGACUACACGAACAAGGAGCAUCUUGAGCUGUUCCAUGUGUGGCAGAACGACCCGCGCGUGUCGCAGGGCUGGAACGAGACGGGCACCAUCGACCAGCAUCGCGAGUACCUGCGCAGGGCUCAUGAGGACCCCCACCAGAUUACCAUCCUGGCGCGCUUCAAUGAUACCUUCUUUGCCUAUUUUGAGGUGUACUGGGCCAAGGAGGACCGCAUCGGCGCAUACUACUCGGCCGGCGACUACGACCGGGGCCGGCACAGCCUGGUGGGCGACGUGCGGUACCGCGGCCCGCACCGCGUCAGCGCCUGGUGGUCCAGCCUGAUGCACUACCUCUUUCUGGACGACCCGCGCACCAUGAGCGUCGUCGGCGAGCCCAAGUUCACCAACAGCUCGGUCCUCAUGUAUGACCUCAUCCACGGCUUCGGCCUCGACAAGUUCAUCGACCUGCCACACAAGCGCUCCGCCUUUGUGCGCUGCUCGCGCGAGCGCUUCUUCCAGCUCUGCCCGCUCGACGAGAACGAGAAGGUCAUGGGUGGCACCGGGGUUGGGCUGGUCCCGAAGCUGUAAUGUAUAUCAUGUACGACGCCUAGGCAUAACAAUUGGUUUAGGAACGGAUUCAAGACAUAGUAUCAACGAAAAAGAAGUCGGAAAUUGGAAGUGCUGGCGACUUGCGCCACCAAGUCCAACCUAGGCUGUUCCUUGCACCUUCCAGAGCCGUACCCGGCCCAGGGCCUCGGGUCACGGGUAACCGCUGCCGUGACA